CCAUUUCAUAAGAAGAAGUGAGAAUUAUCCUACUAUCCUAAAUUCUCUCUCCCUUGUAAUAAAAGAAGCAGUCCACAAUUACAAACUAUCUUGGAUUCUGUUCAAUAUUUAGGCUCAGCUAUAAUUAGAAGAGAAAUCAUCCACCGUUAUAAGAAAGAUUGCUUUUUUCUCUUAAACAACUACGAGGAAGACGAUCCCUUUCUUCUUCAGCACGCACAUACACACACACACAUAUAUAUAUAUAGAGAGAAGUGGUCUUGGAAGAAGAGGAAAAAAUGGGGAGUAAUAAUGAAGAAACGGUGGAGUUUGUGGAGGCUGAGGAUGCCAACGGCAACGGGGAUUGGCAUGGGAACAUGAGGAUGAGGCUGGGAGAUCCAUCAAAGAAAGUGGCUCAGACGAAGCAGAUGCUGUCCAAACAAGCACUGCAGACCAGAGAGAUCUUGUCCAAGCAGGCACUCAAGAUUGCCAAACAGGCUGAAGAGCAUGAAAGAUUCAUCAACAAGGUGACACACUUGAUAGGCGUUCUUGGCUUUGGAGGCUUUUGCUUUGUCUUGGGAGCAAGGCCACAGGAUGUUCGUUACUUGUACUGUUUGUUCUACGUGAUAUUUGUGCCCCUUCGAUGGAUAUAUUACAGAUACAAGAAAUGGCACUAUUAUCUUUUGGAUUUUUGUUACUACGCCAAUACAAUCUUCUUGAUUAUGCUGCUGUUUUGUCCAAGGAACGAGAAGCUUUUCAUGGUUUGCUUCUCGUUUGCAGAGGGGCCGUUGGCAUGGGCAUUGAUUGUGUGGCGCUGUAGCUUAGUUUUCAAUUCUGUGGACAAAAUCGUAAGCGUCUUCAUACAUCUUUUGCCAGGAUUAGUUUUCUUCACAAUAAGAUGGUGGGAUCCUGUGUUCCUCGAAGCCAUGAGCCCGGACGGCUCCACUAGUAGGUCAUCUUGGCCUCACACAGAGAGCAAAUCGUAUCUCUGGACUUGGCUUUUCUUUGUCCCGUUAGCUGUUUAUCUCGUUUGGCAGAUUCUCUAUUUUCUCAUCGUAGAUGUCCUGCGCCGACAAAGACUACUCCGAGACCCAGAAGUCAUGACUUCAUACAGAGAACUCUCGAAAAAAGCACAGAAAGCCAACAACUUGUGGUGGCGCUUUAGUGGACUGCUCGGUGAUCAGAACCGCUUGUUCAUGUAUAUUCUACUCCAGGCCAUGUUCACUGUGGCAACCACCGCGCUCACGGUCCCUAUAUUCUUGUCGUACGAACUGCACGUGACAUUCCAGUUGCUCAAGAUUUCUGCAUCUGUAUGGAAUGGAGGCAACUUCUUGCUGGAAGUGAUGCCAAGGCAGGUCGUUAUGAAAGAGCGAAAGAAAAUGGAGAUGCAACCCCUCGACACUCCGACGGAUCGACCAGCACCCGAUGAUUCAACCAGAGCAGCAAGUAGUCAAUCUCAUGCAGUAGAAUCCCAGUAGCAUACUUUUCCUUGUUUCAGUAGUAAAGUUCUUGUUUCAGUAGAAAAGUUGGAGAAAAUACUUGUGUUGUAUAAUGAAAUGUAUAAUGAAACAAUGAUGGUUGUUUGAUA